AUGCAGGCUCUCAUCGACGAGUACCUCAAUGAGGCGAGGGAGGAUGGUGUGCAGAUCAACGGUGUCACACCGCAGGUUAUCAGUGGCCGGGGUAUUGGUAUGGUGGCGACCCGUGAGCUUGAGAAAGACGAAGCCAUCAUGACCAUUCCCACGGAAUCAAUCCGCAGCCUCCACACUAUUCCUCACGAUAUUUCUAUGAAGCUUUCCCCCGACAUGUCGAUCCAUGGCCUCCUUGCCGCCGAAGUAGCUCUUCGCAACAAUGCCUCGCAAGUUUGGUCUCAAAUAAUACCCACUUGGGAGGAUUUCCAGAAUACAAUUCCAUUACUGUGGCCAGAGGCGCUUCAAGAGCUUCUUCCAACAGAGGCAAAGUCCAUUCUUAUCAAGCAAACGGGUAGAUAUGAGGCUGAUUGGGAGGCUUUCCAAAUCGGAUUCCCGAAACAGGACCGCCAAGGUUACCUUUACGCCUGGUUUCUUGUCGGCACCCGAACAUUCUUUUUUGACUCACCGGAGAUGACGUUGUAUCCUUGGCACGAUCGACUGUCGCUACUGCCUGUUGCAGAUCUGUUCAAUCAUAGCGCCACCGGUUGCCAAGUCUCAUUUCGAGAUGAGGGCUAUACAAUAACGACAGACCGACAUUACGACGCGGGUGAGGAAAUAUUUACCUCCUACGGGGACCAUUCAAAUGAUUUUCUACUGGCUGAGUACGGUUUUGUCCUGGGAAAAAAUCAAUGGGACAAGGUUUGUCUUGAUGAUCUGAUCAUUCCCAAGUUAAGCGCCACGCAGAUUUCUGCAUUGAAAGAAAACGGAUACUGGGGAGAUUUCAUGCUUCACAGCGGAUCAGAGAAGAGCGAUGCCAUUUUCAUCGCAUUGCGGGUUCUCUGUUGCGAUGUCUUCAAUUGGCAGAAAUUCGUCGACGGCGACGAGGACAAAGGUGGAUCUCUUGCAAAGGGAAUCGCGCUGUUACCCGAGUUGUUAAAUGAAUACAGGGAUAAAAUUGCGGUGGUAAAAUCCAAAGUCCGCGAGCUUUCAGAAGGGAAUGAGUCCCAAAAAACUUUGCUUUGGGAUCGAUGGGAACAAAUCGAGACGAUCGUUGAGGGGCUUGUUGAGACGCAAUGGUGA